AUGGAUGGCGGACGCCGGAGCUCUGGGCAGCGCAGCAAAGGAGGGAAAGGGCGCAGCGGCAGCCGCCUUGGAAUGAAGACGGCGUUCUCUACUUCGUCGGCGCCCCCUCCAGCUUCGUCUUCGCCGCUGAUUCCCCUCUCUGCGCCACCGCCCCCUACAGCUCCGCCGCCCCCUACAGCUUCGUCCCUCUCUCCGGCGAACUCUUCCCCUGCGCCCGCCCCUGUGCCGACUUCAUCCCCUUCUCUGCAAGGAGCGGCCAGUCUUGCCCGAUUCCAACAGAAGGGGGGGGAUUGGGGGCCAUGCCCUCAAAUUUUCAAUCUGAAGAAGGAAAUCGUCAAGCACAAAAUUUAUGGUGGUUUUAUGAAUUUUCUUCAACGACCUCAGUUUACGCCACACCCACACAUAGGAGAAAAUUUUCAUUUUGUUGGUCAGACCAUGAGCUUGAACCCAAUAUCCCCACCACCACCAAGUGUCCAUGCAACAGUAACAUCCCAAGCUGUGAAACAAGGCACUUUAGCAAAGGAGACAGUGAUUGUGGACAAUGAUGAAGGGGAUAAUAGUGAGGCAAAUAGGACAGUGAAUAAAAGAUAUUGGACUCAUGACGAGGAAGAAAGACUGGCCAGUGCUUGGUUGAAUGCUAGUAAAGAUCCAGUUAAGGGUAAUGACAAGAAAUUUGAAACAUUUUGGAAGGAAGUGACUGAUAACUUUAACAAGAAAGGGAAUGGGAAGCGAAGAAGGGAAAUAAACCAAUUGAAGGUUCACUGGUCACGCCUCAAGUCAUCAAUCACUGAUUUCAAUGACGCUUGGACUAAGGUAACUCAAAUGUAUACAAGCGGAUACUCGGAUGACAUGCUAGAGGAAGAGGCACAGAAAAUGUAUGAAACCAGAUUUGGAAAGCGCUUUUCGUUGGUGCAUUGGUGGAAGGUAUUAAAAGAGGAGCCCAAAUGGUGUGCUCAGUUUCAGGAAACAGAGAAAGAGAAGACUGAGAUAGUUGAUGUUCCAGAAGGACAAUGCCGUCCCAUCGGUAGAGAAGCAGCAAAGGCUGAGCGUAGUGGAAAGCGCAAGAAGGAUAAUGUUAUGGAUGGAAUUGUCAUCCUUGGGGACAAUAUUGAUAAAAUUAUUAAGGUGCAGCAAGAUCGAAAGGUGGAGUGCGAGAAGGUUACUGACGCACAAAUUCAGAUAGCAAAUGCAAAUUUGAAGGCAGCAAAGGAGCAAAAGGAAGCAAAGAUGUUUGAGGUCUACAAUUCCCUGCUCAAUCAAGAUACAAGUCACAUGACUGCAGAUCAAAAGAUCAAAAGGCUUUUAUUUAUGGAAAGUGUGCUAUCUGCCAAUAUGUUAAUGCAUCUAUAUGUGUGA